AUGGGGGCGGUGACGUCGUCGAUGGCGGCGAAGUUUGCAUUUUUUCCGCCGAACCCGCCGUCGUACGGCGUGUCGGUGGAGGAGGGGACGGGGAAACUGAGGCUGACGGAGGUGGCGGAGCACGAGAAUGUGGACGUGCUGAGGGUGAAGACGAAGAGGGGAACGGAGAUCGUGGGGGUGUACGUGAAGAAUCCUGGGGCCAAGCUGACGCUUUUGUACUCGCACGGCAACGCGGCUGAUCUGGGGCAGAUGUAUGAUCUAUUCACUGAGCUGAGCAUCCACCUCCGGGUCAACUUGUUGGGGUAUGACUACUCAGGGUAUGGACAGUCCACGGGCAAGCCGAGCGAAUUGAACACCUAUGCGGACAUUGAAGCUGCAUAUGAGUGCCUUCAAGAGAAUUACGGAGUGAAAGAAGAAGAUGUAAUAUUGUAUGGACAGUCUGUUGGGAGUGGGCCUACUUUGGACCUGGCAUCCCGUUUGCCAAGAUUAAGGGCUGUGGUUCUGCACAGCCCAAUCCUGUCUGGACUUAGAGUAAUGUAUCCUGUUAAGCGAACAUAUUGGUUCGAUAUUUAUAAGAAUAUUGACAAAAUUCCUUUGGUUCAGUGCCCUGUAUUGGUUAUUCAUGGUACUGAUGACGAUGUGGUAGAUUGUUCGCAUGGUAAGCAGCUCUGGGAGCUCUGUAAAGAAAAAUACGAGCCGUUGUGGGUCAAAGGUGGCAAUCACUGUGACCUCGAGCUCUAUCCAGAAUAUAUUAAGCAUCUUAAGAAGUUUGUAUUAGCUAUCGAGAAAUCAGGCCAUGUGAGAACUGGAUCUGCAACGUCAACAGAUGACAUGUACAAUGCUCAAAACAUCAUGGAUGGCCGACCGAGAGAAAGCACAGACCAGAGAGAAAAGUCCAGAUCGAGCACAGAUUACAGAGAGAAUCCUAGAGGUAGCAUAGACCGGAGGGAAAAAUCAAGAGCAAGCACUGACAAGAGAGAGAGAUCACGAAAGAGUGUGGAUUAUGCUGACAAGGCAAAUAAUAUUUCAGAACAGCCAGAGAGAGCUAGGAACAGCAUAGACCGGUUGGCCUCAACUUGA